AUGUCUGAGAAGCUCCCCUUGACCAACGACGGCCCGCCGGCCUCGGCCCCGCGUCGCGCAUCGGCGUGGUGGUCCCUCCUCCCGGCCGCCCUCCUCCUGACAUACCUCCAUUCCCCCUCCGCGAUCCCAAUCCCCUCCUUCACCCACCCCGGCGCCGGCUCGUCCGCCGCGCCGGCCUGCCGCCAGGUCGACCCCCUCUUCCCGACCCUCACCACGGCGGCCCUCUCCGACCUGGACAAGUUCCUCGACACGCCCAAGUUCCGCAAUGAGACCAUCGCCCGUCUCUCCGGCGCCAUCCAGAUCCCCACCGAGUCCUUCGACAACUACGGCAACGUCGGCGUGGAUGACCGCUGGGACAAGCUCUUCGCCUUCUCGGCGUACCUCAAAAAGACCUUCCCCAAGGUCCACGAGCAGCUCUCCCUCGAGCGCGUCAACACCCACGGCCUGCUCUACACCUGGACCGGCUCCGACGCCUCCCUCAAGCCCACCGUGCUGAUGGCCCACCAGGACACCGUCCCCGUCGCGCCCACCACCAUCGACAGCUGGACGCACCCGCCCUUCAGCGGCGCCUAUGACGGCUACUUCGUCUGGGGCCGCGGCGCCAUGGACUGCAAGAACUCCCUCAUCGGCAUCCUCGAGUCCGUCGAGCUGCUCCUCGCCGCCGGCUUCGCCCCCAAGCGCACCGUCGUCCUCUCCUUCGGCUUCGACGAGGAGAUCUCCGGCGAGCGCGGCGCCGGCCACCUCGCCCCAUUCCUCCUCGAGCGCUACGGUAAGGACGGCGCCGCCAUCCUCAUCGACGAGGGCUCCGGCUUCGACUCCCAAUGGGGCCAGACCUUCGCCCUCCCCGGCACCGCCGAGAAGGGCUACAUCGACGUCGAGGUCGUCGUCCGCACCCCCGGCGGCCACUCCUCCAUCCCGCCCCCGCACACCGGCAUCGGCAUCCUCUCCGAGCUAGUCACCAAGAUCGAGGGCAGCCCCUACAAGUCCGAGCUGCUCGAGGGCAACCCGUACCUCGGCAAGCUACAGUGCGGCGCCUCGUACGCCCCGGAGUUCCCCUCCAACCUGAAGAAGCUCCUCCCCUCGGGAAGCCAGAAAACUUGCAAGCGCAGAUCGGACAAGCUCGCCGAGGAGGCGGCCAAGGCCGGCCCGCAGGUGAAGUACCUCUUCACGACCUCGGUGGCGACGGACAUCAUCGAGGGCGGUGUCAAGAUCAACGCGCUGCCGGAGCGGGUCCGCGUCGUGGUGAACCACCGCGUCAACGUCGGCGAUAGCACCGAAUCGGUCAAGAAGCACAUUGCCGCGCUGAUCGCUCCUGUCGCGGAGAAGUACAACCUGACGCUGCACGCGUUCGACGGCAAGGAGACGCCGUCGAGCAUUUCGCUGAGCGGGAAUGACAAGAAGCUUGAGCCGGCGCCGGUGACGCCCACGAGCGUGGAGGGCGUGACGCCGUAUGGCGUGCUGAGCGGGACGACGAGGGCGCUGUAUGGCGAGGAGGUGGUUGUCUCGCCGGGGAUUAUGACGGGUAACACGGACACGCGGUACUACUGGGACUUGACGGCGCAUAUUUUCAGAUUCUUGCCUGGGUAUGAUCCGGAGAGCGACGAGUGGGCGGGUAUUCACACUGUCGAUGAGAAGACGAGUGUGAAGGGGCAUAUUAACUUGGUCAAGUGGUACACGUCGUUCUUGAGGAACGUUGAUGAGACGGAGUUCGAGUAG